AUGGUUGUCGAAGAUGGUGCUGCUUCUGACUUCGAUGCAACUUUAUUCUGUGCCACGCAGCGCAAAUCAUGUAAUACAAGAGCGACUCGGACGACGGUUUGCUUUCAUGUCCCUCCACCAUGUCCGGAUAGUGAGACUGAGCCAGAGUCCGACGUUCCUCCAUCACUUGAGAAAGCAUGCCCCACAGAUGUUUCCGCCACUAGUACGCUGAGCGACAGUGUCGCUCAGCUAGUGAACGCGCCCAAAACUCAUUCCUCAGAUCCCAUCAGCGCCGUGAAUUCAGCCGUCAAGACAUUAGAGUCUUUGGAUUUCAGUCUUAUUCGCAAGGUAGUAUCGCUUUCGAAAACAACGAAUACUAACAUUGUACUCAAACGCGCACAGGACACGUCUUUGCAUGGAACCAUUCAGGAGUCAUCGACCUCACUCCUAGAGUUCUUGCAUGUCGUGCUUACGAUGAGUCCAACCUCCGCUCACGAUGUACGCUGCAUGAUGGAAUCCCUCGCUUACCUAUUGCGACCUUCCUUUUUAAAUCUGCUGUUCCAGUACCGGCGUCUAUUCCACGCUCUAGCCGUCCAGGAGCUUAACAAAGUCGCUGUGAUUCCCAUCAUUAUAUCUUGGGUGGAUGCUGUCCUUGCAAGACUCGGAGAUGUAGCUUUGUGUGUUGCGAGCGCUAUGCAUGAUCGCUACUUUGACGAUGAACUUCCUGAAGCUUUGAGGAAACGAAGAGAGGAAGAUAAUCUACGGGCUGCGGCUCAGCUCCCAGAUAGGUGGGAUUCUGUCCCGUCGAUACUGACAUCCGAAAAGGCUUCACCUGCCGCAAAACGCUUAGCCCUUCGCCUGCUGGUCUCGCGAUACGUAUUGCAACCCCAGUUGGCUCUUCACCCAAGGGUCGUUGACGCACCACUGGACGACAGUGUGGUAUCGCUGCUUCCCUAUCUCACAGACUUUAUGCAGCACACUGUGGUGCAACUCUCAGAGAGCUCCCCACUACAUGCGCAACAUCAAUCUGCGUUUCAGGAGCGCAUGAAUUGUGCUAUGCUGCUCUCACUAUUCGCUCUCGUGGACCUUACGACGGGUGCAAAAGAUACAGAAACAGACGUUCCGUUUCGACCUCACACGCUGGCAACAGUGAUGAGACUGAUACGGUUUGUAAUGCUUGUCGACAACACGCUCUCAGUGCAGACUAUCGUAUCGCCUUGCCCAGACCUCGAUGCCCCGCGAGUCGUUCUCAUUUUAUGGAGGCAUUUCGUGCCUUGGACCUGGAAAUUACUCACGGAAUAUAACGGGUCUGAUUCGGAGAUCAUUAUCUUCCUGACGACUACGUGGCUUCACAACGCUUUCGACUCAAAUCCUCAAACUACUAUAUCUACGUUAUCGACCUUUACUGGUGACGAACAUGGCAAAUAUAUGAUCUGUGUAUAUCUUGUGAGUGUCAUGCAGGUUGCCUAUUUUUCUCGGCUUUUAGUGUAUCUUUCUUCAACUCCGCGUCCUCGAAAUCUCACCAUGGCUCAAACGGAUGUUCUACUAAAGACCUGUCGGUACUUCGUUCAUUGGAGUGAUUCAGAUUUGUUAGGCAUUCGCAAGUCUAGCGAUUGCUGCAGAUACCUCACUCUUCUCUUCGUUUAUCUUUCGUGCAUUGAAAAUGGACACGAUGGCGAUGACUACGUUACACAUGCCAUGGCUAGGAUGCAGCCCAGAAGUUUGAGGGAUGGUUGGAAGCAGGCAAUACAGGAAUCAUCAACGUUCUGUGAUGAGCUAGAGAAAAGUAGACUUCUGGCUCACUUACGUUUCCAUAGGCAGCUACUCGAGGAUAAGCCUGACAGGAAUUAUAUUCGCAAAGCGAAACAAUUUCUCGACUUCUUCACGAUCGAAUGUUUUUCAAAUGUCCAGAUCUCGAACCAGAAAUUAAUAAUCGAUUUCCUCGAGGCUACAAUGGAAUAUUUACGUCGUGAAUCCGCAGAAAGGGAACUGCCGAACCUGUCCGCGAGUUUCCUCUCAUGUUUAACGGCAUUCCAGCGCGGACAACCGGGAAUCAGGGUCUGUGAUGCUCCUCUGUUAUCGGAUGCCGAAAGUGUCUGGCAAGUCGCCACGGAUAGCACCACUCCGGAAUUAGCCAUUGCUUCUGCAUUUGCUUUGCAUAUCAUCUUAUCUCGGCGACUGCCUGACUCACUUACCCAAGUAGAGGCCUGGGACUACCUACGAAAUGUUCUCCUGAUGAUCGCGUCGCAAGAUUACUUGGGAGAUGAAAGCCCUCUUGCACUUGUUGUCAAUCCGACGAUAUGCAAUGCCCUCUCGCAGCUCUUGAGGCAUGCAGACGAACAUACUACGGCAAUGAUGCAGUCUUCUCCAUGGACGUCGCAUCUUCAAUCAGUGCUGCAGCGAAUUCAAAGUUCAGAUAAUUGUCCCAACUUAAAUGACUACUCAUCGUGGCUGAAGAAGAGAAUUUCAAAGCCUGCGACAAACUUAAUGGACCAGGUAGGGUCUUGGAAUUAA